AUGUUGCAGGAAACUUUUAAUUUAACUUUAAAAAACUAUGACAAAAUAAAGAGUUUAAUUUGUGAUGAUUGUUUGUCUAAAUUAAGAGAAGCUGAUCUAUUUAAGAAGCAAGUACAGGCUUCUGAAGAGGCUUUACUGAAGAUUGUGGACGAGCAACCACAGAAAAAAGAAGAUGAAACCUCAUUUAAAUGGGAGUGUGCUGAGGUUGAUGACUAUGAAUUUGACGAUAGACUCGACGAUAGUACGGAUGAUAAUUUUGUUUGGGACGUUAGUGAUACUGCCGAGAAAGAAAAAGGCCAAAUAUAUGUCAUUAAACUAGAACCUAAAAAGGAAAACGAAAAAAAUUGUGGCGGCAAACUCAAGAUUGAGAAAAAUCCUGCUAAACCGACGGCUGUUCGUAAAGCCAGAGAUAAAAUGGAGAUCAGGAAAGUUACAAAAAGGAAAAAGCAAAGAACUGCAGUAAAUGAACGAAUAAGUAAAGAGAAACAACGCUUACACGUCCGCGAUAUAGCACCAGUAUCGGAGACCCAGAUCGCAUCCCGGGAGAACUCCCUAAAUCUUGUUUUAAACUCGAACAUGUGCCUAUUCAAAUCGCUCAAAACUAAAUUCGGUUGCUUCCAAUGCAAAGAGAGUUUCAUGACCAUGCCAGAAUUAAGAGAACAUUCCAAAACGCAUUCCGACGUCAGAAACCUUAAAAUCAGGUUCAACCUUCUCAAAGGCUUGUCUUACAAAAGCGUCGAUGUUUCAGGAUUGACAUGCAACUUGUGUUCUUCAAAUUGUGAUGGCUUGGAAGGACUCAGAUCACAUUUGAUAGACACACACAGUAUUAAGUUUAAAGAGGGGGGGCAUCACUUUUUGAUUCCAUUCAAUUUGGAGAGCGAUUUCAAAUGCGUCCUGUGUUCAGAUAAAUUCAAUACUUUCUCGCGUUUAGCUAUCCAUAUGAACACGCAUUACGCACACAACGUUUGCGAAAUCUGUGGGGUUUCCUACAUCAACAGAUUGAGUCUCAGAAUGCAUGUUAGUUCCGUUCACAAGGAGAAGAAGUGUUCGCAAUGUUCCGCAACAUUUUCGACUCACUACAUGAAAGUGAAACACAUGAAGAAGGCUCAUAAUGUAGGCUCUUACAAGCGAUACUGCUUGUUGUGCGACAAAACUUUUAGGUACACAUAUUUGUUGAUGGAACACAAGAUCAAAGAGCACGGCGCCAAAAGACAGAUCAGCAACUGUCCAGAUUGCGGGAAAACCUUUUUGUCACCGCAAAAUAUGAAGGUGCACAUAAGAUCAGUUCAUAUAAAGGAGAGGAAUUAUCCUUGCACUGUUUGCGGGAUGAGGUUCUUCACAAAGUGCGAUCAAAAACGACAUGAGAUGACGCACGAUGAUGUGAAAUCGUUCUCUUGCAGUUACUGCGAUGGGAAGUUCAAGACUAAAGAUUCUUGGCGAAGACAUUUAAAGAGACAACACGAACACAUGUAUGAAGUGCAAUAA